AUGUCACCUCAAGUUCCCUUUCUAGCCAAAACCAUAGUGUCUUGGACAGGAGAACAGGAUGGAGACUUGGGUUUUCUAGAAAAUGAAAUGGUCAAGGUCUUUCACAUCGUGGACGAGCUGUGGUGGCAGGGUAGCUUGCUCAGAAAUGGUGCCGAGGGUAUGUUUCCUAAGGAUUUUGCUACACCUGUCUCGAACCCGAACACUCCUACUGGACCUAAUUCAAAGAUAUCGAAGACCAUCAAGUCUGGCCCGUCAACCCCAAGCAAAGAUCCCCGACAGAACAAGAUCAUGGCCAAUGCCAAUGGAUCUUUUGUCAAUAUGGCUUCUACAAAUAUCUAUGGUGCGAACUCAAGACACCUGCCUAUGCUGAAGUCUGCGCCGGCAUUGAAUGAAAUCUAUGAUUCCAGUUUCGACGAUACAGAGACCUCGUUUCGGAACGACAAUUCAUUUUCUCGGAACGACACUUCGUUCAACCGUAACGACAGUCCAGGAAGAAACAGAGCACGCAAAGAAAAACGCCUGUCGCAGUUGUAUUCUCAGUAUGUUCUUAGUUCCGGACUCACCAAGGCACAGACUACAGACAAUUUGCUAGAGACAGGCAGGAUGCCAGCAUUCUCCCCCGAUGCAACGCCAGUGAAAAUGAGACAAGAUGCUAUCCGUGGAAUGGAUAGAAAUGACUACUCGAGAGACUACCGUGAACACAAAGGACAGGAUGUCAGAGGAAGCAGAGAGGAUUUCAUGCAAUCAAUAUCGGCAAAGAAGCAACAACUUGAAAUGGAAUUGCAUGCCUUGCGCCAAUUAGAGCGUUCUCACAGACAAAAUAUGCCCAACCUGAUUGACUCCAGCUACAUGUCCGAAGAUUUGUUGCUGUCACUGCGCAACUGUGUGAACCAGGAUGAUUUAGGCAACAAGCUAGAGUCGGACCCAGAAACUGAGGAUCUGGUACCACCUCCACCUCCACCUAAGCACAAGGGAAGUGCACCCUUCGAUUCAGACGAUUUCCGUGCUUCUGGAGCGAGCUACAGCGGAGAGGCAAGCAACAUGCCAGAAGAUUUGAAGGCUUCGCUCAAGUCACUUCAAAGCGACGUCUUAAAUCUCUCCGAGCUCAGUGCAACAAGUGCUGGAUCUUUUAUGCGUCAUAAGUACGAGAGAGAUGUCCAAGAUUACCGAAGGGAAAUUGCAGAUAGCGAGAUGAGAAUGAGCAGAAUAUCGAUUACUGAGAAGGACGAUGUCAUGGAUGUUGUUUUCAAAGAGAAGAAGCCCAAGCAGAAUAUAUUCAAGAUGUUGAAGAAGAAGAAGCAGGAGCCAAACUUGAUGGAACAACGUCUUCAACAAGAACACGACUCGUGGCAGAAAGUGAAAGUGGACUUGAACAGAAUGAACUCACUUACUCUGCUGGACAAACAGGCAAGAACAAAGAGAGCAGUUAGGUACGAACCAAAUUUUAUUGUUAAGCCAUUGGAGUAUGUUACUGAAAUCAACCUCAGUGAGACAUUCGGCCCUGACGAAACUUCUCAAAUGAAUGACUUGAGAGUUAAUGUUCGGAAGGUGAACGAGUUCCUGGAGAAAUACAAUGUCCAGAGUGACUUCAACGAUCUAAUUUCCGAUAUCAGUGUCAAGUUUGGCAGCUGGAGACCCAACGAGAUUAGGGCUGCUCUCUUGCACUUGUGUAAGUUCCGCAUAAUUGAGGAGCCAGAAAAGAUUUCACAAACCAAGCCAAGGCUCCACGAAAUCAUGGCUAAGGGUGAGGCAACAAUCUUCCAGCUUAAUUAUUUACUCAAGAAGUUUCUUGCUGCUCUCGGAAUCCCCUCUGAAGUUGUUCUUGGGUUUUGGAAGAAGCCUAACGAAUUCUAUCACUCAGACCAGUUUACAGUCAAUCACUGCUGGCUUAGUGUAAUGCUUGAAACAGAUGAAAGAGGCAACGGAUGUUUCCGUCUCAUUGAUCUCAUGUGUUUUCAGAAUGGAUCGAUCUGCAACAAGAGAGGUUUUAACGAACAUUACUUCAUGGCCCAGCCCAUUGACCUCAUUUCCACUCAUCUUCCUUCGGUUAUUGAAUUACAGCACGUCACCCCUCCAGUUGACUUGAACAUCACUUUCUAUUUACCAAGAUUUUAUUCUGGAUUUAAGAAGAAUAACCUCGCUUUUAACAACUUCAAUAACGCCUUGACAAGAAUGCAUGAUCUCGAAUUUUUCGAGGCAGACAUUCUUGUGCCUACCGAUGUUGAAUUGUUCACAUUAAUCAAAACAUCCAAUAGCACCACGAAUGACUACACACUCUGUCAGAUAUACUGGGUUGGCCAAAGGAGAAUGGCCAAGGUCAAAGCCAUUCUUCCAGAUAACGAAGAAAUCGGGGUUUUACAAAUAUUUGCUGGCUCAAAGGGAACUCAGACCCAUUUUGAUAACAUUCAUGAGCUAGCAUGCGUGGUUCCAUUGUACCACACUGGUAAUGGGAAGCUGUGCAAAUUUGUCCCUCGAUUCCCCACCAUCCAAUCUCAGAAAAACGAUCUCUACAUCAAGCAUCCACAAUUGAGCACCAUUAGUGCGAAAAACGCAUAUAAUUUUGAGGUGGACGUUCACCCUUCGAUGGGGAUCAACUCCGGCUCUAGACUAAUGAAUCAGGACUUCAAGCUCGUCAUCGAGUCUCCAUCUGGCAAAUACACCAAACUUACCAAACAGGAAUCACAAGAACCAUUUGGCACAUAUAGCUCAAGUCUAAUCUGCCAGGAGCCGGGAACAUACAGGGCAUUAGUGAUUGGUGACAGUGGAAACAGCUGGUACGUGUUUGCUCAAUGGGAGUGUGCUUGA